ACUAUUUACGUGUUUCCGCUAGUUUUUCACACCGCGCCACCGGAGCAGCUGAUAAAUAACCCAGUCUUCGAUCUUCGGAAUUCUUUGUUCGUCUCCAUCUUAAGCGACACCAUGUCGGAUAAAAUGAGCAUGUCUCUGGACGACAUCAUCAAGAUGAACAAGAAAGGAGGCGGCGGCGGCCGCGAGGGAAGAUCCGGGGGAAGUUCGGGUCGAGCCGGUGGAUCGUCGAGGCCGGCGCGGGGUCGACCGGGGAACUUCAACCGUGAGAGAAACAACCGAUCCACGCCGUACACCAGGCCCAGAGAGUUGCCAGACAAAUGGCAGCACGACAUGUUCGAGGAGCACGCGAGUGGACACAGAGGGCCGAGAGUGGAGAGGGUAGAAAGAAGCGUGGAAAGUAACGGCAAGCUGCUGGUUUCUAACCUAGACUUUGGUGUCUCUGAUUCAGAUAUCAAGGAGCUGUUUGCAGAGUUUGGAUCACUGAAGAAAGCCUCGGUGCACUAUGAUCGGUCUGGUCGCAGUAAAGGAACGGCGGAUGUCCACUUUGAAACGAAGGCAGACGCACUCAAAGCCUUGAAGCACUAUAAUGGUGUCCCUCUUGAUGGCCGGCCCAUGAAGAUCCAACAGGUCACUUCAGACACCGAUGUACAGGAUAGAGAACCUACACAGAGCUCAAACAGAGGAUUUGAUCGGAGCAGACUCGGUCAACCCAAGUUUGAAAGGAGGCAAGGAGGUGGUGGUGGUGGUGGAGGUGGUGGUGGCGGUGGUAGUUUCAGAGGCCGGGGAAGAGGAGGAGAGAAAAAACCCCAGCUUUCUGCAGAGGAGUUGGAUGCCCAGUUGGAUGAGUACAACGCCAAGUUUCAGAUGGACACCAGUUAAAUGGGGAGAAGAUGCUGUUUCCUCUUUUAUUUUAAUUUUUUUUUUUUUUAAACAAACGGUCAAUUGAACAGGAUGGACCAGACUGUAUGUUAUCAGGCCAUUUUAUUCAGUAGACUAUUGUUUUCUAUUAAUUUUCUAAAAAAAAAAAAAAAAUCUCGGUAUUUUUAUAGCUGUAUUUCUGCAGAUGUUUUGUGGUUCAUGAUUUUUCUUUUUUUUUUUUUGGACCAGAGUUUGGGAUUUAGUGGCAUCUAGGAAUACGGGUUUAGAGAAGGAGAGCAAACAGUGGAUGUCACCUCCACAUGACCACACAAAAAGUCUGCCUGUAGAGCCAGUUGUUGGUUGUCAAUCGAAACGUGGCAACAAUUGUAAAUUUACGGAUGCCACGCUCCGUUUCUCCAACCAGAUCGCCCCUAAAUCCUGCAUAUGUGACAGUGUGAUUACUUGAUGGUUGAAUCUUUUUUUUGUCUUUGUUUCAAAGCCACACUUGGUAUUUCUGACGCAUGGACAUGUUUAAGAUUUUUGUACAUAAAUGUAUUAUAUUGAAUCACCCAA